AUGGCCGCCGUCGUUCUUUCUUUCGCAGUCGCUGCGCUUUCGGCCUCUUCCGUUCAGGCCCAAGCUGCUACUGGGACUUUUCCAGCAACGCCCCUGGCAUCGAAGCAUUACGCUUACCCUUCUGAAAUACCCUAUAAAGUUGAUACCGACGAAGGCCUGAUUCGAGGAACGCAGUUUGGCUACAAUUUGUGCAACUCGACCACGGAAAACCAAAACUCGCUUUGCCAAACUUCUUUUUUGAACGCUCUUGAUGACUUCUGCCUGUGGGCUCCCUCCCAGCCCAACAGCACUAUCGCCGACACUGAAGGCGAGGAAGUGGCGUGGUGUACCAAAAAGGGCCGUGGGACACGUUUGAUGCCGGAGGGUACUUUGAAGGGCGUUCAGUUCAUGAAGACUCCUGGAUAUCUUCAGGUUGUCGGUUUCAUUGACCAGACAAAAAUCAACCUUCAAGAUGGCGAUUUCGGAGGUGAACUUGAUCCUCAUGGUGCUGAUCUUCGUGGAAACCCUAUGGGUGGUCUGGUGUACUCUACGGGCUGGAGCGCUGAUAACAACACAUACACCCAAGCUAUUGAAUGGCACAACUUCAUGGGUGGCAACGCGUUUUGUUUCAAGGUCUGCGAUCCUUCUGGACCCAACCCAGCUGACCUUUGUCAACACAUCUACGACCGUAUCGGCUGUGCAUACAAUGCGCCUAACAACGCUCAAGAAGGCGUCUUCGAGGCUUGCCAGGGUGACAACCAGGAUCCUCCUGGUGUCUAUACCUCGGGUGGUGUUGUCAUGACCUAUACUCAGCCUGCCGAAUCCCUUGGCGCCAUCACCUCCAUUCCCUACACCGCAAGGAUACCCGCAUCCAGCAACUGUGUCUCCUUCGCAAGCACAGCCUUAUACACCGACGGACCAACUAUAACCAGUAGCGCAUCGAAUUCUGCUAGUACCUCGGGCUCGACAUCGAGAGGAGCUUCGACCGGUGGAUCUGGCGGCAGCGGUACAGCUACCGGCACCGCGUCAGGUGCUGGAGCAGCGUCGACUGGCAAUGGUGCUACUCAGGUAACAAUUUCAGGCAUUGCACUGUUGUCCAUUAUUCUGUCUGCUCUCUACCUUUCAUGA